AUGACGAAACCAAAUAGAUUGCUCGAUGGCCGGAAGUUCAUCGUCUCUUGCUUCUUCUUGAUCACCUUCCUUUGCAUAUUAGCCUCGAUAAAUGAAAUUCGUUUUGAUAGUCUCGUAAUGUUUGGCCAAUGUGCCUUUUCUCAUUCACAAUCGCUUGAAACGCCCGAAAUUGACACACCGCCUUUGCCAUCCUCGUCGAGCGACGUCAUGAGGAUACUGAUCGGGAUUCUAACACUUCCCGAUCACUACCACAAGAGGCACUUCCUCCGGCUCAUCUACGGGACGCAAUCCCUGGUCGGUGCCCGUGUAGACGUCAAGUUCGUGUUUUGCAAUCUCACCAAGGAGGAGCAAAAAAUCUUAGUGACGCUCGAAAUCAUGCGUUACGACGACAUAAUCAUCCUCAAUUGCAAAGAGAACAUGAACAAGGGUAAGACCUACACGUAUUUUUCGAGUUUACCUGACAUGUUUCUUAACGACACGAGUGUGCCAUAUCCGCCUUAUCAUUAUGUAAUGAAAGGAGAUGAUGAUGCGUAUUUUAGAUUGCAAAAUCUAGUCGACUCGUUGAGGUCAAUGCCUAGAGAAGACUUGUACUACGGCUACGUCAUACCGUGCCCUAGUAUGGACCCGUUUGUGCAUUACAUGUCGGGCAUGGGCUAUUUAGUGUCGUGGGACAUUGUCGAGUGGCUCAGAGAUUCUGACAUCCCCAAGAAACAUCUAGUAGGACCGGAGGAUAAGAUAUUCGGGGAGUGGCUUCGGGAUGGUCGUCAAGGAAAGAAUAGGUACAACGCGAAAUGGUCGAUGUACAACUAUCCAGAGCCACACACGGGAUGCACGCACGAGCUGUGGCCGGAUACUAUAGCGGUUCAUCUUUUGAAGACCCAAGAAAAGUGGAUUAAGACAUUGAACUAUUUCAAUGUCACUCGAGAUUUGAAGCCCUCCAAAUUAUAUCAUAUAGCUUAG